AUGGACCGCAGCAUACUCGGAGCAUCCACUGCUCAUAGAGAACCACUCGCAUCCCGCCUCCCCGCCCCCAACACUGCCUCCGCCGUGCGCUCGUCCAGGUCCAAGUCGGCCCAAAUCGCGGGUAUUAAAGGCGCAGCCGUUUACGAAAAUGAUUCGGGAAAGGCAACCAAGGGAAAGAGCGACAUAGUCAAGAGUGGACCUGGGAAGGAUGAGAGUCUGAUGACCAAGAAGCUGAAGGCACUGGAGAAGAGGAUAGAGUGCAAUGCCCAGGUGAAUCGAGACCGAUUCACUUCCCUGGACGACCGCCUCACCCAAAUUCAUCUCCAGCUUCACAGCCAAGCCAGUCUAUCUAGCUCUACAAACUCUGCAACCCUCUCUACCCCCACAAAAGCCAACCCCGGCACAGGGCCUUCGGCGGUCCUCGAGGGCAUGAAGAGCCCACCAGUACCGGCUUUGCAGAAGAAGAUGGACGCGUAUGUGGAGUGGGAGCGGAGUAUGAUAAGCGGCGAUAUCACACUCUCUGGCAUAGAUGACGUGCAAGAGGAAGAGGAUGACGGGGAGGCGGUUCAGCGUGGGAAUGAGGAGUUGGAAGAAAUGAGGGAGAAAAUGACUCAGCAGCAAAAUCAGAUUGAUGCUUUAGUAGCGCAGAAUGCACAACAGACGGAGCAAAUCGCAUAUCUCAUCUCCCACUUUUCCCAAUCUCAACAAACCAUUGAAGCGCUCCAGUUCGACAUGGCUGUAGAGCAGGGUAAGUUUGCGGAUAUGGAGAGUAGGCUCGAGGCGAUGGUAGAGGAUGCGGAUGAUGUGAGGGACGCCAGUUUGCUUAUUGAUACCGCUCCUGAGGUGGACGACAUGACUGUUGACGAGCCCGAUACAUUUCACAAACGUAAAGCUGAAGAGGAGGAUGAUGAGAUUCCGUCGAAACGAGUAUCGCUAUAG